CUUCUGGCUCUUCUACUUGGGACAGUUUCAGCUUUUCAUCUGAGAACUGAAAUGUCCAACAUCGAGAGCCCCUUGGGAGAUGGCACCCUGCCUCAGGUUGGGGAGGUGCCAGAAAGUGAGGCAAAGGAGGUGCCCGUGGAGGAGCAGAUGCCGCUAGAGGAAGAGGAAGACAGGGGCUCUGGGAGUGAAGAUGCCCCCAGGGAGGAAGGGGCUGUUGAGUCCAUCUCAGCCUUGGAUGAGGUAGACAGGGGCCUUCAGUGUCCUAAGGAUGAGGGCACAGUAGAACUGGAGGGCGUCCCUGGAUGCGAGACCUGCCGCUUCCUCCUGUUAACUUGCCAGAGGUGCUCCCGGGGCAGACUCGUCUCCACCCACAGCUUCAGCCUUCAUUAGCAGAUCCAGUGCUUAGUCAGACAGAUCAAUCAGGGCCAAGUCUGGAUCGGAGGCCAGGUCGCCGGCUGGGGUCGCUGCACACGCUUUUGCUGGCUUGACGGCACUCCCUGGAAUUUUGCACACGGGGCUGCUGGCCAGCCCUUGGGGCAGUGCUGUGGCGGUGGGAUUCUGGCACAUUCUUACGAGUUCAGCCCUGUGCUGGGCGCCGUGGAGGAUGCACUGGGAACCGAACUUCCCCUCCUUGCCCUCGUGCACUUUGAAUUCUGUGUGAGUGAAAUUGGCCCUGAAUGUGAGCAGACCUGUUCCCAUGGCGGCUAG